AUGGCAUCCACAGUCUCCUCUACUGGCCAAGCUGCCUCAAAGAAAACCCCUGCCGUCGACCCGGCUCCCCGUAUGUCUCCCUCCAGCUCUACUAGUUCCGAUGUAUCUAUGGCCCGCUCCACCUCGCCCCUCCCCACCCUCAACGUCCCCAGCGACACUCAAAUCUCCGCUACGCCCGCCGGCCUCUACACGCAGCCCGACGGCCCUGGCCUUUCCACCCAGGCCCGCCUCCACAAUGCGGAGGCAUCUGCACUCGCCUUCAACCUUGCGGCCGAGGCCGCGCUUCUGCCUCAUGGCCCCCUCCCCUCUGCCUCGCCUGCCCCGCCUGUCUCCGGACUCGGCGAACUGGACCGGUACUUCCGGUCCCUCAGUGCCCAUUUCACUCCCCUCUCUCAGCCCGCUCCGGACUCCCCGCUCCCGGCGUCUGUCCCGUCUUUCCGGCACCCCGCCAUCCUCAGCGCUCGCUUCCUGGCCGCCAUGGCCAAACUCAACGCCCAACCCAAAUCCCAACGCCCCCCGGAGGAAAAAGCCCGUCUGGCGGACAUCCUACAAGCCUUCCUCGACGACGGCUUCUCCUCCGCGUCCCGCGAUGCCGCGAAUGCGGCCUACGCGUUCGUCCGCGGUCUCCUCGACGCUUCCCCCUUCCCCACCAGCGACGUCCCCCCCGAGGCACACCAACUCACUCCCGACCUCGAUUCACUCGACACAGAAACUGUCACCGACAUUCUCUUCGCUCUCGUCAUGUUCUUCCGCACUCACCCUGACUUUCCUCCCAGGGAUUUUGACAGGUCCCACGUCCCCCGGGUGGCCGACGCCCUCGAAAUCUACCCGUUUCACCUCGAGCGCAUCUUCGACACUCAUCCCUCCAUCAUUAACACAGCGAUCCGCAUUGUCUCCUGGGAUCCGCCCGCCAACCCGGCCCCCCGGGCCCCCUCUCCCUCACUGCGCGAAG